AUGGGCGGCAAACAGAGCAAGAUUACCGAGCAGGACAAAGAACCUCCCAGGGCGAUCCUGGACAUGAAGAUCCAGCGCGACCGGCUACAUCAGUACCAGCGUCGCAUCACCGUCCUGACGAACAAGGAGACCGAAAUUGCCAAGCAGCUGCUCGCAAAGGGCGACAAAAAGCGCGCACUGCUUGCGCUGCGGCGGAAGAAGUACCAAGAGUCGCUGCUGUCCAAGACGGAUGCGCAGCUGGAGCAGCUGGAGAAGCUGACGGCCAGCGUGGAAUUUGCGCAGAUUCAAAAAGAUGUGAUAUUUGGUCUGCAGCAGGGCACAAAGGUGCUUUCGGAGAUCCACGCGGAGAUGGGAGGUAUUGAGCACGUGGAGAAGUUGAUGGAGGAGAAUGCGGAGGCGAUUGCGUAUCAAAAUGAAAUUAGCGAAAUGCUCGGCACUCGUAUCACGGCGCAAGACGAAGAAGAAGUCGAAGACGAGCUCGCCGCGCUAGAAGCGGAGAUUUCUGGCGUCAACCAGAAACUUCCUACAGUCCCGAAUGCACAGCUUCCUGUUUCGGAGAGGCCGACAGCGCACGAGCAGGCGCAAGAGAGCAGACCGGAGAGACAGGCGAUGUUGGCGUCUUGA